AUGGUGACAAGCCAACUCAAUCGCACUACAAACUUAUGCCUAGCUUGUUCGUCUUCUUUGCCCCCAAGGGUUCAGAGCGUCUUCCUCACACCUUGCUGCGCACGCCCAAUCUGUCCAGCGUGUCUAUCCUCCAAUCCACGACUUGGUAGAUACAAUCCUUGCCUGUCGUGUCUGGGAGGCACUGCAGUUGUCAGUGCAUCGUCUUCCAGUCGUCAUCUUUCACCUGGUCUUGCGACGUCGGAGAAAAAUGUGAUUAAUGUUGACGGCGCUCUCCGUGAUGACGAUAUGUUUGUGCUCGGAGACGAUGACGAGGAGGACGAUCAUAAGGUAGAGCAUAAGCCCUCAGGUAACACCGAAUCAUCCAAUAUCAAGGCCUCCCAGUUAGGCGUUACUUCAGAGCCUAUUCCCAACCACGCAUCUCACUCGCAGGCCCAAACGGAGCCCGGUCCACCUUCCGAGCAAACAUCCUUCAGAUAUGAAGCGGUGCCACCCUUAUACUAUCUUGAGCGUGGAGAUACCCUACAAGGUAUCGCUCUUCGCCUCAACGUGAACGGACACGAGUUGUGCCGCCUUAACAAUCUUCCGAUGAGCACACUGGCCACGACACCUCACCUCUUGCACACUCGUACGUCUAUCAGGUUACCCCCGAGCGCACGUCUGCAGCCUCGUAGUGCACCUGCCCCAGUUGAUUCGGAGGCCAAGGCUAGGGCUGCUCGCGAGCGUGCUGAGAAGCGGCUGCAAGUGGUCACGAAGGAAUCGGAUUGGCGCGUGGCGAAAGCAUAUGUUGCGCUGGCAGAUGAUCCAGAAGCUGACGUUUUGUUCGAUGCGAAGUGCAAGGAACUUGGUACGGACGUAAUUGGGAUCGGCUUGGAAGCUCGUGCCUUAGACAUGUACCUAGAAGACGAAGAGUGGGAAAAAGGACAGCGGAGAGUGGGAGCAGCCCCUACGACAAACCGCAAGGUCUGUAAGUAG